CCGAAGGAAAUCCAAGAAAAAGUAAAAAGAAAACAAAAACAAAAAAGCAAAAAAUGAACGAGGACUUACCAUUCAUGUCUACUACAGUAGCACCCAUCACUUGCGUAGCUAAAAGUAGCACACGAUUGAACUCAUGUAGUUCAUCCUUAAAUAGGAAAGAUGAUGAUGAUGACAGUGCUUCUGAAUUUCCAAGAAUGAUUCGUAACUCUAAUCAGUUACGUGCUAAUUCAGUUCAUAAUCCUCGUCGUCCUGUUGUAGAUUAUUCUGAAAGUGAAGAUGAAGGACAGGCUCAGUGGUUUAACCAUAACAAGCCACCUCGUUCCACGAAUGAUAUUUCAUCACUUUUAAGAAUGAUGCUCAACCUCAGACAAGGUGCUGGUGCUGGUGCUGGUUCUUAUGCUGGUCGUACUUCCCAACUGAUUAUUAACCAGAAUCGUCGUCCUGUUGUGGAUUAUUCAGAUACUGAUGACGAAGUGAUAUCAGCUCACUACAGGCAGAUUAAACACUUUAGCCAUCCACAUGCCUUGAACAAGUACGACGUUGAACGAGACGAUGAAAUUAAGUGCAAAGUCUGCGGGCUGCAACUUGUUGGCUCAGCUUAUGGUUGUCAACCUUGUCAAUUUUACCUACACGUUUCGUGCUUCGAUCUGCCCCAAAAGAUUAAGCAUGAUUCUCAUCCUGCUCAUCCUUUGACCCUUCGAUAUCCUUCAUACUACAAGAACUGUGGAAAAAGUUGUGAUGCUUGUUGUGAGGAUAUACGACGAAGUUUUCUAUACUGUUGUGAUCCUUGCAAUUUUGAUCUUCAUGUUACUUGUGCUACCUUAUAUAGCAUUGCGAAGAGAGCUGAUUCACCAAAGGAUACUCUUCGACUUUAUUACUCGUUUCCUCUCAAUGACAACAAUCAUAUGCAUUGGAUUGCACGAUGCAAUGUUUGUAACAAGAAGGUGUCUAAGGAAGGUUGGUUGUAUUACAGUAGGGAUACUGGCUAUAUUGCACAUAUCAAGUGUGCUAAAGGUGCUAAAGUUGGGGUUUCUUGGAUUAAAGAGAGACUUAAUAUGCUUAAAGUUAAGUAGAAGUAUGUGAGAGGAUUGAUAUAUAUAUAUAUAUAUAUAUAUAUGGCUGACCAAGUGCUUGAAAAUAUAUAUAGGGUUAUGCAUGCAUGUUGUUAAAAUAAGGUUUUCUUGCACUGGCAGCCUAUGAAAUAAGCCCAGGAUUGUGCUCUAUCUAGUAGAAUUGGUGGCCUGUGAUGAGGCAUAGGUUGUCUACAAUAGCCACCAUAUGUAUAUAUCUGAUGCAAUAACGUAUAGUAUAACAAAAAGAAAAAACGAAAAAAAAAAAAAAAGGAAUGUCGACGAUCUUAACUCGUCAGCUAUGAUUAAUAAAUAAGCUGUGUGUUUAUUAGACAA